AUGGCGGCAAAUUCGGUCAUGGCGGCUGCGCAGGACGCGGCCAUGUCGGCCGUCGAGCAGGCCACUUCCAACGCCAGCAGCUCCCAGAGCGGCCCAUCAAAGACGUCCACAUCAACGUCGCGGAGGGCUAAAAAGCGAGGCAAAGGCGGUGCAUCCACACCGGCCUCUUCAGCAGGGCCAAGCAGAGACGCAAGCCCCGGCAGAAGCCAGGAAAAGCACACAGUCAGCGGCACACAGCACAGCGACGACGACGACGAUGACGACAUGGAAGAGGGAGAGUACGCGGGAGAUGCAGGCGAGAUGAGCUUCGUCUUUGACACUGCAGGCGACAUGGACGUGGACCGCGAGAUCGCGUUGGAAGACGGCGCCAAGACCGAUGGCGCCGAUACGCAUGUCGAGGCGGGCCUGCUGCUUCCUUCGCACGUCAAUGUCAUCCCGCAAGCUGAUCCCAGCACCUCUCUCAGCAAUGGUCUGGAGCAGGUAGGAGGGUCAGCAGAGGCGCCGGCGGACGGCAGCGGCGUCGAGGGCGAUCUGGGCGACUUUGAACAGCUGGACAUGGACCCCGCCACAGCGUCACGCUACUAUGGCGCGGAAGAAAAGGCAGAACGACGGGCAAAAGAACAGUGCCUUGCGUGCGGCGAGCUUGGACAUGACCGCCGACACUGUCCGCACCAGCACUGCCUGGCGUGCGGAGCGAUGGACGAGCAUCCGACACGCUUCUGUCCGCUCAGCACAAGCUGCUUCCGCUGCGGCGGUAUGGGCCACCAGACACGCACGUGUCCGAAACCGAGGCGCGGUCCGCGCAGCGAGGAGUGCGAGCGCUGCGGCUCGUACUCGCACGUCAAGGCGCUCUGUCCCACGCUGUGGCGCGUGUACGCAUACAGCACCCGGGACGAUCACGAGCGCUUCCAGGCCAAGGCGUUUUUCAAGCUGGAGUCGACCGCGGGCGGGCGCGACCCACGAAAGGACCUCGAGCCCGAUGGCUCCGAACUUUCGGACUCGGAAGACGAGUUCGUACGCGCCGGAGAGCCCGAGCUGUCUGCGAAGGAAUUCGACCCGGCGACGAGGUGGUGCUACAACUGCUCGGGCGCAGGCAACCACUGGGGCGACGACUGCCCCGAGCCGCGCGUGAAUCCGACGCGCGGUACGGGCGAGCCCUCGGCAUUCUCCGAGUUUGUAUCGCGCCUAGGACCGUAUGGCAAGCUGGUGCCGGGUGCGCCGCCGCUGGCCGGGUUCCAGAUGCCCUCGUCGCAGUUCACGUUCAGCGUGGGCAGCAGUGCGACGAUGCACGUGGCGGCCGAUGGCGCUGGCAAUGGGUCGCGUCGCGGAGGCACUCGACAGGGUGCGCCGGAGGGGAAGCUUGCAAUUGGGCGACAUGUACUGUCGUCGCGCGAUACGAGUCGCGCUUCGUCGCCAUUUGCCGGGUCGGGCGGUUCGACAGCAGGCGGAUCUCGCAGCGACCGAGUGGUCUCGUUCGACCGCACGCAGGCUGUCGAGGUCGAUGGCGGAUUCCUCACUCGCAAGGAGAAGCGCAAGGGCAAGAAGCCUCUGCCUGCUGAACUCUUCGCGCAGUGGACACGGGAUAAGCACGAUCAUCCCGAGCACGCGGAUGAGAUUCGCGCCGCGCUGGAGCGACGUGCGGAUCUGGAGGCCAAAGGUCUUGACUCGUCGGGCGUGCCUACCACGCGCGACAUCAAGAAGUGGAAUCGCACCUCUCGCGACUCGCGCGACGACUCGGAUCGACCGAGCAAGAAGCAUCGUGCCGACUCGCCGAACAGCAGCGACUCGGAUUCGAGCACCGGCCACAAGGGCCGCAGACGCAAGCGCCGAGGCGACGGUAAAAACUCGCGCCCACACACCGGCUGGUCCCACUCCGGCAGCGCACCCGACGCCCCACCCCCUGGCGGGAGCAAGUUCUCCAUGGGCGGCAAAUUCGCCUCCAAACGCCCCGGCAGCUCGAGACCCAAGGAUAAACGUCCCAAGCACCCCAGCUCCAAAUCUGGCAAGGGCAGCAACAAGGGCGCCAACAAGAGCCCGAAGAGAGACGCAGCUCCACCGCAGCAGCAGCCUAAACCACGCGGAGGAGGAAGCAAGUAUCGCGGCAGCUACUUUUAG